AUGUCGUCUACCGAGCUAGAAGCCAAUACGACUCUGUUUACUUGUCUUUCAUGCACGAUUGCUUUCCAUUCCGCUGAGGAGCAGAGGGAACACUACAGGUCUGAUCACCAUCGCUACAACAUGAAGCGGCGUGUGGCGGGCCUGCCACCUGUCUCCUCUGCCAUCUUCAACCAGAAAGUCCUCGAGAGGAGGGCAGAGACGGCAGUAAUGGUAUCCCCGAAAGGAUCGACUUGUGAGGUCUGUGGGAAGUCGUACACGACCGAGAACGCAUACAAGUCUCAUUUGAGUUCUAGGAAGCACAAGGAGAACGAGCUAAAGGCGAUAUCUUCACCCCCACCUAAAUCUGAGCCCGUGCACGAGGAGACCCUGGUUGUUGCACCCGCGCCAGUACCAGAAGCCGACGCACAGGCAGCAUCGUCUAAGACUGAGUCGGCUGCUCCGCGAAGCAUAGGCCUCUCAGUUGAAGAGGAGGCUACCGAGGAGCAGAUUAACCAGACGAUCGAUCAAAAGAUCGCCGCGGCGCGAGCACGCCUCGGGCCUACACAGUGCCUUUUCUGUUCCGAAUCCUCUAUGUCGCUCGACGCGAACCUUACGCAUAUGUCCAUUGCGCACUCGUUCUUCAUCCCCGACGCGGAAUAUCUCGUCGACAUCCUGGGUCUCAUCACGUACCUCGGUGAGAAGAUUGCUGUCGGGAACGUGUGCAUAUUUUGCAAUGGGCGCGGGCGCGAGUUCCGUACGCUGGACGCAGUCCGCAAGCAUAUGGUCGACAAGGGUCACUGUAAAAUUGCGUAUGACUCUGGGGAAGACCGACUAGAGGUAUCCGAUUUCUACGACUUCACCAGCUCAUAUCCCGAUGCUACCCAGAAGACUAAGAAGAAGAGCGCAGAUGGGACAGAGAACGAAUGGGAGGACGUGGACGAGAGCGACGAAGACGCGGAUGGAGAAGUUGACGAGGUCGUGGAGGAAGGCGUGAGUGACGGGUCUGACGACGAUUCGGAUGAGGUCCCCGACAACCAGAUCACGUAUGGCGAUUCGCACUUCGAACUGGUUCUCCCAUCAGGUGCACGGAUAGGGCACCGCAGUAUGCGUCGAUACUACGCGCAGUCAUUCCCCCGGGCUUACCGCGGAGGUAAACCUGAGGACCCGAAUUCUGGCGCUGCGCUGGUGCGCCGUCUCCUUGCGGACAAAAAUUCCGCUCUCGUACCGCGCAAGGGUGGUUUUGGUGCAUUUGGCGCAGGUACCGAUGUCGUGAAGGCACGGAAUCGCGGUGAGGCAAGGGAAGCUGGGCGUCAUGUCCGAGAAUUCAGAGACCAGGCCCGGAGAGAGGCGUUCAAGACCAAAAUUGGCUUCAUUAACAACCACCAGAAGCAUUUCCGUGAUCCGUUACUCCAGUGA